AGUUGAUGCCAUUCAGCAUCAGGCCAAAGUGGACUGGCCGUACAGUAGUUCUGCCUACGCCUUUGUAAUUGCUCUCAUUAGCCCGGCGUUCAUAGUCCACGUGAUUGCGUCAAUAACGAGUUAGAUCCGCUUGAGACAACAAAAUGACCGUGUUGCAUUUUUCCCUUCAAUCGCGGUUCUGUGUUUUCGUUGCUCUUUGUGGCGGUCUAGUGCAAGCGACGUCUUCGGCGUCUGAUCACGAUCACCAUCUUCACAGGCAUAGUCACAGCCAUGGCCAGCAGUCAUCCGCUCCUGCAACGGCUAAACCGACCGAAGAGUUCAUGAACCACGACUUACAUUCGAAUCACGACCAUCACAGCCCCCGCCUGCAACCCUCAGCGAUAGACAAUAGCAGCGCCCACAACAAGAGCGACACCCACCAGCACAGCAUUCACGGUGACACCACGUUGCAUCGAAGUCACAACACGGGACACUCGAUGAUGAUGUACUUUCAUCUCGUGGGAGACACGCCUUUGCUGUUUGAAGGGUGGAACCUCGAUUCUGCCGGAGUCAUUGCGGGAGCCACUAUCGGACUAGCUGUGAUAGCAGCACUCUACGAGGCUUUGAAGAUGCUACGGGAAGUGCUCAUGGCAAUGACGCUGAGAAGAGUCGAACAAGAUGCUCUCGAAGGACACAAAAAUCCGCCGCGCAACGAGCAGCAGGCACAAGAAAACGCGGCCAGUGAUCGAAAGCAAUUUAUUCGUCUUCCGUUAGGGGACCACAUGUUGCAGACCGUUCUGCACAUGGUACAAGUUCUGAUUAGCUAUCUUCUCAUGUUGGCUGUCAUGACGUACAACGUUUGGCUGCUGCUUGGCGUUGUGAUGGGAGGCGGAAUUGGCUACUUUGUUGUUGCCCGUUACAUCUUCACUGCUCAUCCAACAACGGUCUCCAAACUGAGCGAACACUGCCAUUAAGGCUGUGGCAAUUAAUUUAGAACGAUAUUUGUAUUUGCACCUGCACGUUUCUUGAUGUACCUAAACUGUGUAAAUGUUUUGUACGUGCAUAGGAGGGUACUCUGAUUGUUCUGUAUUCUCCGUUCGUAUAUAGAUGCGUAAGCAUCGCGGAUAUACUGUACUCAGUCUCUCGCAAGUAGUCACAUGCAUGCGGUCUACACGACAAUUAAUUAAUCAGCACUAUGUUCCAACAACAUCAAUCUAAA